UCUCUUUCCUCCUAAAAGCUCUGAGAGCCGCUCCCUUCUCCCGGUGCGCCGCGGCUGUCCACCCUCGGUGGAUCAGACGAGCAGGAUGGAGGGCUGCAUGGGGGAGGAAUCUUUUCAGAUGUGGGAGCUCAAUCGGCGCCUGGAGGCUUACUUGGCCCGGGUCAAGGCGCUAGAGGAGCAGAAUGAGCUGCUCAGCGCGGAGCUUGGGGGUCUCCGGGCACAGUCUGGGGACACCUCCUGGCGGGCCCGUGCCGACGAAGAGUUGACGGGCCUGCGGGCCCUCGUCGACCAGCGCUGGCGGGAGAAGCACGCGGCCGAGGUGGCGCGCGACAACCUGGCAGAAGAGCUGGAGAGCGUGGCGGGCCGAUGCCAGCAGCUGCGGCUGGCCCGGGAGCGGGUGGCGGAGGAGGCAUCACGCAGCCGGCGCGCCGUCGAGGCGGAGAAAUGCGCCGGGGCCUGGCUGAGCACCCAGGCGGCGGAGUUGGAGCGCGAGCUAGACGCUCUGCGCUCUGCGCACGAGGAGGAGCGCGCCGGCCUGAACGCGCAGGCUGCCUGUGUCCCCCGCGGUCCCGCGCCGCCCCGCGGGCCCCCAGCGCCGGCCCCCGAGGUGGAAGAGCUGGCCAGGCGGCUGGGCGAGGCGUGGCGCGGGGCAGUGCGCGGCUACCAGGAGCGUGUGGAGCACAUGGAGACGUCGCUGGGCCAGGCCCGCGAGCGGCUGGGGCGCGCGGUGCAGGGUGCCCGCGAGGGCCGCCUGGAGCUGCAGCAGCUCCAGGCGGAGCGCUGUGGCCUCCAGGAGCGCAGGGCGGCGUUGGAACAGAGGUUGGAGGGCCGCUGGCAGGAGCGGCUGCGGGCCACUGAAAAGUUCCAGCUGGCUGUAGAGGCCCUGGAGCAGGAGAAACAAGGCCUACAGAGCCAGAUCGCCCAGGUCCUGGAAGGUCGGCAGCAGCUGGCACACCUCAAGAUGUCCCUCAGCCUGGAGGUGGCCACAUACAGGACCCUCCUGGAGGCUGAGAACUCCCGGCUGCAGACACCUGGCGGUGGUUCCAAGGCUUCCCUCGGCUUCCAGGACCCCAAGCUGGAGCUGCAAUUCCAUGGGACCCCAGAGAGCCGGCGGCUUGGACCUUUGCUCCCUGUCCUGAGCCCAAUUCCCCUCCCCUCACCCUUGCCUGCUACCCUUGAGACACCUGUGCCAGCCAUUCUGAAGAGCCAGGAAUUUCUCCAGGCCCAUGCCCCUACCUUGGCCAGCACCCCCACCCCACCUACACCUCAGGCUUCCUGUCCUGCUAUGGAUGCAGAAAUCAGAGUCCAAGAUGUCCCUCUCUCCCUUCUCCAGCCACAGGGUGGGAGGCAACAGGCUCCAGAGCCCCUGUGGGCUGAAGCCAAGGUGGCCACCCCUACCAGCAUCCUGCCAGGACCAGAGGAGCCUGGGGGCAAGGGGCAAGAGGCCAGUUCAAGCCAGUCCCCUGAGGAUCAUGCCUCCUUGGCCCCACCCUUCAGCCCUGACCACCCUAGUUUAGAGGCUAAAGAUGGAGAAUCUAGUGGGUCUAGAGUGUCCAACAUAUUCCAGGAGGAAGAUGAAGGGCAAAUCAGGGGGCUGGUAGAGAAAGAAGCAGCUAUAGAGGUCAGAGUGGUGAGCAACUUGCAGCAGGAAACAUGGCAAGAGGAAGGGGAUCUGAACAUGAAGGAAAUCCAGGAUUUCCAGGGUCCUUUGGAAAAAGAAACCCUGAAGGCUCUGGGAGAGGAAAUUCAAGAGCCACUGAUGUCUCUGGAAAACCAGAGCCAUGAGACACUAGAGAAGGAGAGUCAGGAAUCUUCAAGGUCAUUAGAAGAAGAGAUCUUAGAAACACUAGAAAGUUUAGAAAAAGAUGAUCAAGAGCCAUUGAAGACUUUGGAAGAAAAGGACAUGGAGGUAGUGAGAUCUCUAGAAAAGGAGACUCCAGAACUACUUAAGCCUAUAGGAAAAGAGGACCCACAGACAUUGCAAUCCCUAGAACAGGAGAAUCAAGAACUGAUGAUGUCUCUUGAAGGUAAUCUGGACACAUUUUUAUUUUCAGGAAAGGAGAAUCAAGAAUUAGUGAGAUCUUUAGAAGAGGAGAACUUAGAGUCAUUGAGGGCUCUAGAAAAGGAGAAUAAAGAGCCACUGAUAUCUCAAGAAGCAGAGGACCAGGAGACAUUGAAACCUCUAGCAAAAGAGAAUCAAGAGUCCCUGAGGUCUCUUGAAGAUGAGAACCAAGAGACCUUUAGACUUCUAGAAAAGGAGAACCAGGAGCCACUGAAGUCUCUAGAUGAAGAGGACCAGAAGAUUUUGAAACCUCUAGAAAAAGAGAAUCAGGAGCCACUGAGGUCUCUAGAGAAAGAGGACCAAGAGAGAUUGAGAUCUCUUGAAAAAGAGAUUCAACAGCCACUGAGGUAUCUAGGGGAAGAAGACCAGGUGACAGUAAGACCUCUAGAAAAGGUUAAUCCAGAGCCACUGAAGUCUCUUGGAAAAGAGCAGGAGAUAGCUAGACCUGUUGAGAAAGAGAAUCAAGAGUUAUUAAAGUCACUAAAAGAAGAGAGUGUAGAAGCAGCGAGAUCUUUAGAAACAGAGAACCUAGAAUCAGUGAAAUCUGCAGGAGAAGAGAACCUGGAAACACUGAAAUCUCUCAAAACUCAAGAGUCACUAUGUUGUCUAAGAGAAAUGAAUCAGGGGACAAUGAAACCUCUAGAAAAGGAAAUUCAAGAACCACUGGGAUCUGUGGGAGAGAACCAAGGGACACUGAGACUCCUAGAAAAAGAGAAUCAAGAACCACUGAGAUCUCUGGGAGAAUGGAACCUAGAGAACUUGAGAUUUCCAGAAGAGGUAGACAAGGAAAGUCAAAGGAAUCCAGAAGAGGAAGAGGACUUGGAGGAGGGAGAGAAUCACGAGUCACUGAGGUCUCUGGAAGAAGAGAGACAGGAGCUGCCACAGUCUGCAAAUUGGCAGAGGUGGGAAGAUACAGACCAAGAACUGGGCCAGGAGCCCCCUUUUGGGAGGGCUGGAGUGGAAAGUGGAGAGGAUGAGGUGGAGCUGGACCUGAGGGAGGAAGACAGCUUCUCUGGGAAGGAGGAGGUGGUAGAGCAGGGAGAGCUAUGGCUGAAUGCCACAGGGGAGGCCUGGUGCUCAGGCGAGGGGCACCCUGGGAGCCCUGGGCCCAAAGAGCAGAGGGGCCCAGCUGAGGAAGCCAGUGGGAAGGGAGGCACUGAGGGCCUCCAGGACCCUGAAGGGCAGCCCGAGCAGGUAGAGGCUCCAGGCCUCCCAGCUCUGCAGGGAAUGCCAGAGGUAAUAGAGCCCCUGCUGGAAGUUGAGGAUGCAGCGCCAGGGGGUGAUCAAGCCUCCCCAGAGGUCACCUUAGGGUCAGAGACAGCCAUGGGUGAGCCUGCUGCAGGAGCUGAGCAGGGACUGAAGCAGGAGGUGGUAGGGUUGGAGGACCCAGGCCACCUGGUCAGAGAGGAGAUGAUGGAACAGCCGCUGGGGGAGGAAAGUUUGGAGGCAAAGACGGUUCAGGGCUUGGAAGGUCCUGGAAAGGACCUAGAGGAGGCAGAGCUCUCCAAACUGCCCAGAAUGUGCAGAGACCCCCUGGAGUCUCCCAAUGGCAGGGGGGAGUCAGAGCCUGAGGCCCCCUGGGCAACAGAGGAGGCAUUCCCUGCUGAGACCUCAAGCCAUGAUGAAAGUGAUAUCCCCCAGCCUAGGCCCCUGGUGUUAGAGGAAGCUGAGGAAGAUGCACAGCCAGUGCUGGGCCCCUCCAGCCCAAAGCCAACUGAACCCUGGUUGCCCACCCCAAUCCUGGAAGAUGUCCCUGGAUCCCAGCCCCAGGCUGAGGGGAGCCAGGGGGCUAGCUGGGGGAUGGAGGGUGGGGCUGAGGCCCUGGGGAAGGUAGAGGGUGAGCAGGAGGAGUUGGGUUGUGGGGAGAUCUCUGAGGGCCUCCAGGAGGAGGGGGAGGAGAGCAGAGAAGAGAGCGAGGCCGAUGAGCUAGGGGAAACCCUUCCCGACUCCACUCCCCUGGGCCUCUACCUCAGGUCCCCUUCCUCCCCCAAGUGGGACCUGGUUGGAGGACAGAGGCCCUCCCCUCAAGGGGAGGCCAGAAAGGAAGCCUGGGAUCCUGCUGUCCUGACCUCCAAGGGCCUUGGGGACCAACCCUCAGAAGAGGAGGAGGGGGGAAGUGGAGAGGAGCAGUGUGGCCAUGACCCUGACCUGUCAGAGGAAUUUGAGGACCUGGGGACUGAGGCUUCUCUUCUUCCUGAGGUCCCCAGGGAGGUGGCAGAACCUCUGGGCCAGGUGGCUCCGCUGCUACUGGAGCCUGCUGCCUGGGAGCGGGAUGGGGAGUCUGAUGGGUUUGCAGAUGAGGAAGAGAGUGGGGAGGAGGGGGAGGAAGAAGAUGAAGAGGACGGAAGGGAGCUGGGGGCUGGGCAGUGGGGGCCAGGGUCCUCCGUUAGCAGCUUCCAUGUCCUUAGUGGCCCUCAAAGAGGGGACCUCCUGGAGUCUGAGAGUGUGGGUGUCAGUGUCCCCUGGGAUGAUGGCUUGAGGGGCACGGUGGCCGAUGCCCCUGUGAGUGCCCUGGAGACUGAAUCCCAGGACAGCGCUGAGCCUUCUGGCUCAGAGGAAGAGUCUGACCCUGUUCCCUUGGAGACGGAGGACCAAGUCCCUGGCCCUCUGGAAACCCCCAGUGGUGUGGAGGACACAGGCCCCAGAGAAGGGGACACCCAUGGUGUAAAUGGCCGGGGCCCCAAAUUGGAAGAGUCAGAGCACGUGAAUGGGGGGGUGGUGAACGGGUUGGAGCAGUCUGAGGGAGUGGGGCAGGGAAAACUGGGGGACCCUAAGGGGGCCCAAGGGAGCCCCUUACAGGAGGAAGAGAGGGGUGCCCUGAAGACCCCUUGGGCAGGGGCUUCUCUUCACCUGGGCACAGGCCAGUUCCUGAAGUUCACUCAGAGGGAAGGAGAUGGAGAGUCCUGGUCCUCAGGGGAAGACUAGAGAAAGCACUCCUUGCACACUGAGGACUUGGGGCAGGGAGCGGGUGGGAAGAUGUCCUCAAGCCCCCUCCCUGCUCAGGGGCAGCAGCCUUAACUUAUGAUCUCUGGAGUUGCAGUUUCUGUCCUAGAGGCCUGGCUGGCCAAGGUGAAAUGGGGUGUGGCACAGGAGCCCGUCCCAAGAAUGGAGGCUCUAGGAAUGAAAACCUGGGGCCCUGCAAAGGGGACAUCCUGCCUGCACAUCCCAUAAGCUUAAGUCAGCAGAAUCCCUAUAGAACUAGGCCCCCUUUGCUCUGCAUCCCAUCAGCUGGGAAAGGCCUGGAGCCCAGUGGUUCCUCCGAAGGGAGGGGGCUGUGGUGGUCUUUGUGCCAGGGCUCACCAACCCCACCGCAACUCACUACAGCAGCAGCGCCCUCAUGGGAUGUCUGGCCUGUGGCAAUGGAGGGGAGAGGUGGUCCCAUGUCUUGAACCCCUUCAUCCCUGCCUCUUGUGACCUUGUCUGGCUCAUCCUUGCCUGAAUAAAGUAAAGCCUCUGCCUGUAAA